GUUUUAAGGAUUCGGUUUCGCUUCCACCAGGAACUUGGAUUUGGCUGAAUGUGAAUCCUGAUCCGAAUCCUGAAGCUGAGAAGAUUUGGGGAUAAUUCCCAGAUACCCCUGGGCCAGAGGAAGGUCUCGGCUAAUUCGCCUGGAUAUGUGGCCAGUCGGGCUUGUGUGGGCGGCCAUUGCCCACUGUGUCUUACUUGCCCCCAGCAGUGCCCACCCAUACAGGGGCAGAUACAAGGCCUCCGUAUUCUCUGACCUUACUUCUUCUGAAAUGACCUCUGUACAGAACUUCUUGAUGGACCAGGAGGGUCUCCGUCUGGGAUCCACUCAGCAAACCCUGAGGAAAAAUACCAUCUUCAUGAUGGAGCUCAACGUGCCCAAGAAGCAGCAAGUUCUCAGCUUUCUGGACCGAAAUGGGCCCAAACCUCCGAGAGAGGCCAAAGUGGUCAUCAGCUUUGCAGACCAGCCUCAACCCAACGUCACAGAAUUCCUUGUCGGCCCACUGCCCCACCCCUAUUACUAUAGGCCCAUUGUCUACAGGGGCAACAAGACGAUCAAGUUCGAGUCCCGGCCGGUCACCACCACAGAGUAUCAUUUCAUUCACCAGAAGUUGCUGGAGGUUAUGAGGGAGGUGGGACACAUCCUACUGGAGACUUCAGGGUUCUCCUACUACAACUGCACCGACCGCUGCCUUUCCUUCACCGACAUUGCCCCCCGAGGCCUGAAAUCUGGGGACCGCAGGUCCUGGCUAAUGAUAAACAAGUACGUGGAGGGGUAUUUUCUCCAUCCUAUAGGCUUUGAGGUUCUGCUCAACCAUCGCUCCCUGGACCCCAAGGAAUGGGCCGUGGAGAAGAUUUGGUACAAUGGACAAUAUUUUGACGGCGUUGAGGAACUGGUCAGGAAAUAUGCCAAUAACCAAUUGUCCAAGCUCCGCCUGCCGGACCAUAUGGACGCUGAUCCCUACUCCACGUUCAUACCCCGGGGGCAGUAUAAGACCAAAUCAGACAUACAUGGCCCCAAGGUGUGUGAGCCUCAGGGCAAGCGCUACCGGGUCAUGGGUAACUAUGUGGAGUACGCGGGGUGGAGCUUGGCCUUCCGCUCCAGCACGUCGGCCGGGAUGCAGCUCUACGACAUACAGUACAACGAUGAACGUAUCGCCUACGAGGUGAGCAUCCAGGAGGCCAUUGCUUUCUAUAGUGGGGUCACCCCCUCGGCAAUGCAGACUAAGUCUAUCGACUCGGGGUGGGGCAUGGGCACGGUUGACUAUGAGUUGGCCAAAGGCAUUGACUGCCCCGAGGUGGCCACCUACCAGGAUGUCUAUCACUUCUAUGACUCAAACAAACCAGUCCGUUACAGGAAUGCCGUUUGCAUCUUUGAGCUCCCUACUGGGGUGCCCUUACGCCGGCACUUCGACAGUAACUACCGGGGGGGCUACAGCUUCUACGGUGGCCUGGAGAAUCAUGUCCUGGUGCUCAGAACCACCUCUACCGUCUAUAACUAUGAUUAUAUCUGGGACUUCAUCUUCUACCAGAAUGGGGUGAUGGAGGUGAAGGUUCACCCUACAGGCUACAUCCAGGCGACCUUCCUCACCCCCCAUGGGACCCUCUAUGGCAGCAAAGUCCAUAACAACGUCCUGGGGAACCUACACACCCACCUGAUCCAUUAUAAGGUGGACCUGGACAUUGCAGGGACAGACAACACCUUCCAGACGAUGGGGCUGAAGGCUGAGAACAUCUCCAACCCCUGGAGCCCCGGGGACUUUAUAUUCCAGCACCGCCUGGAGCGCCACCUGAAGGUCUCUGAGAGACAUGCGGCCUUCAGAUUCGGCACGCCCCUCCCCAAGUACUUAAUAUUCAUGAACCCCAACAAGAUGAACAAAUGGGGGCACCCAAAGAGCUACAGAAUCCAGUACAACUCCCAUGGCGACCAAAUCCUGCCCAGACGCUGGAAGGAGGAGAAGGGGGUGUCCUGGUCCAGGUACAGCCUGGCAGUCACGCGCCAUAGCAACGCCGAGGUAACCAGCAGCAGCAUCUACGCCCAGAAUGAUCCCUGGGACCCCUUCGUUUACUUCGAGAAUUUCAUCCGCAACAAUGAAGAUAUCAUUAAUAAGGACCUGGUUGCCUGGGUGACGGUGGGUUUCCUACACGUACCCCACGCAGAAGAUAUCCCCAACACAACCACCCCAGGAAAUGCAGUGGGGUUCUUGCUGCGCCCCUUUAACUUCUUUGAUGAGGACCCCUCGGUGGCGUCUAGGGGUGCGGUGAUGGUGAGACCCACAGACGGUUCCUUCUCUAAAGUCGAGGUUCAGCGUUGGACCCCACAAGUCGUUGGUCACUGUGUUUCCGAUGAGCCAUUCAGAUAUAACGGCACCUACUUCUAAUGGGGCCCCCGGGAACCCUAUUGUGGGGGGCCCCCGGGAACCCUAUUGUGGGGGGCACUGGGGAUCCCCAUGGAACAUUUCAGAACGUGGGGUUCUCCUGGGUGAGCCCGGGGCUGGGGGUACAGGGACAGUUGCACCCAAUCACAUGACUCGGAUGGGGAUCAGUCACGGGGGGGGGGUCCCACAGUUUGAGGUACAGGUUUGUGCCUGAGGAAGAGCCCAAGGGGUAGCGCAGAGUAACACUAUAUAUAUAAUAUAAUCACACCAAUACAUGUAUAAGGGAAUAUACUGAAUAACAAAUCAAUGGAUUAUUUAACACAAAUCAAUAUAUUUACAUUAUAUACAGAUUAAUAACAAAACAUUACAGCUCCCGACAGGCACAGAACAUGGGGGUUCCUUCUCUCUAACCAGCUGGUCAUUGGCUCCCUCUGGUCUGUACCCCCACAUCCUCCCUGGUCCCUUCCGAUGCAGUUCCCAGGUGCUCCCCCAGGUGCUCCCUCAGAUGCUCCCCCCAGGUGCUCCCCCAAGUGCUCCCCCAGGUGCUCCCCCAAGUGCUUCCCCCAGGUGCUCCCUCA